UUUGCUUCGUCUACCGGGUGCCGUAACUACAUGUGACGUCUCUGCCUGCUGAAACGUCGGUCAGAGCUGCUAGCGUCACUGUUAUCCGAAAUUUAACGUUACUAUGUAGGAAGAGUGACUCAUUUUGUUCACACGCCUGAGUUAUUAGUUAACGUUUCGUUUAGAAAUCGCAGCGUGACGUUGGCUGGAUCAUCUUUAGCCAGCAAGCUAGCAUCAGCAUCUUCAGUGUCCACUAUGGCGACAGUUGACAGCUUUCAGUUGUUGUAUGGAGAAAUCUCUCGAUCAUUCAAUCCUUACAUUGAAACCUUGGCCCUGAUCGGAGCUCUUUACGCGGCCAGGAGGGCAGUGAUCCUGUUGAGAGACUGCUGCGCGUUGGUCAGGGUGCAUUUCCUCCCAAGAAUUAUCCCUAGUAAGAAGCUCACCCAACGAUUUGGAGACUGGGCCGUGGUUUAUGGUGCAGCAGAGACCGUAGCCAAAGCCUACGCAGAGGAGCUGGCCAGGCAUGGAGUCAGCAUUAUCUUUGUCACUCAGGACCACACCUCUGUUAGAGACACAGCUGCAACCCUCUCCCAGAGCUACGGAGUGGAAACUGUCGUCGUGGCAGCUGACUUCUCUUUGGAAAAGGCAGCCGGAAACCCCAUCAAAGAAGCCCUGAGGGGUAAAGAUAUCGGCUUCCUGGUGAACUGUGUAGAGUCUGUGGCUUCCCCUCAGAGCCUGAUUGAAAUGCCUGAGCAGAGCGUGUUGAAUUUGGUGAAUAAGAACGUUGCGGUCGCUACUCUGAUGACCCGCUUGGUGCUGCCGGGGAUGCUGGAGCGCAGCAGAGGAGCUGUGGUCAAUAUAUCAUCGGGUGCUUGCUCCAAACCCCUGCCUGGAAGAGUGACCCUCACCGCCUCCACUGGUUACAUGGAUCAUUUCUCAAGAGCCCUUCACCUCGAGUACAGCUACAAAGGGAUCUUUGUCCAAAGUCUGACUCCUUUCCAGAUCGCCUCAAGUGAGCAACAACCAUCCUCAUCCACACCGAUGUCCAGACCGGGCUGGUUUGUGCCAAAGCCCGAGGUUUAUGCCCGCCACGCCGUCUCCACCCUGGGGGUCUCCAAUAGGACCACCGGCUACUGGCCUCACACUCUGCAGUAUGGACUGAUGAAACGUAUUCCAGAGUGGAUUUGGGUUCUUGGAUCUCGUAUGCUCAUCAGUUAAGACCUCUCCUCUCCUCUCCUCGCUAAAGACUUAACCCAGUUACUGGAACUUGUGACUUAGUGACUUAGAGUUAUGUAGAGCUUUACUUUCCUCAGCCAUUUUCAAUGUGAUAAACUUGAGGUUGGUGGUUAAGAUAAUUUCCUCUUGUGUCAAUUUCAAGAAAAUCUUCAGUGGAAUGAGUAACUCAAUAUACAUAUAUUACUAUAUAGUCUGACCAAUCUGUGGCAUCUUAUAAUUGCAAUACAUGUCUUACUGGUGGCCAGACAUGUGGCUGGAAACUUGGUUUGCCAUUGAGAUGGGAUUGUAAACAUGAACAGAGCACUUGUGCGUUUUGGUUCUUAGACUUAAACAUCAGCCAUUAUGUAGUUUCAAAGCGUUAAACUGUGCGAAAGAAUAUUUGAAACUGACAUGGAUCAUCAAAGCGGGUGAACUUGAAACUGAAUAGUGAUUAUUUUAUUUUUCAAUGUAUUUAAAAAAAAGUAUCGCAUUGAAAAUGUCCCGCAAAAUAUUGUUUGUCGUGAAAGUGCAGGUGAUAUUGAAAGUAUUACAUAUAAAAAGGAUGAGUGAUAGGUAUUAUUUUUGUAGGAGUAUGCAUUAUCUUUCAGGGAGAUUAUUCUCAUUAUGCGUUCAAAGUCACAGAUUUAUUUUGUAAAGUAGAAUCAUUUUACUUAACUAUUUUUUGUAUUUUGGUGACAGAAAUCUGCAUUACGCAACACAGUUAGGUUGUAUUCUAAUGAAUACGAUGAAUGAAUGAAUAAUGAAUACAACCUAAUCUAAACGUGAGAAAUUAAGUAACGGUCAAAGGACACAUUUUUUAGUCAAGCUAAAGCUAAAGUGUGAAGAUGUCUUCAUCUUAUUGUGUUCUUAAUCUCAGAGUUUAAAUAAAACCAGGAUUGGCCAGCAGGGUUUAGAGCGAAUAUGUGAGUGCCGGUGAUUGGGAAUGAUAGCGUUAAGUGUCAUUGCUGUGAGUACAACAUUCAAGCACUUCCAGGAGUGAGAUUUGGGUGUUUCAUUGAGAAACUAUGUUUUUGCUGAUUACAAAAUAAGUGUUUAUAUUAAGUGGUUGCUUACACAUGUAACACAUGUUAUCUUAAGUGGGAUCAUGGUGUCAUUGCACCAACCAGACCAAUAAAACUCUUUCUUCAUUCCCAUA